AUGUCAAAGGUUGCUAAGGUUGAUCAAAGAAUUAAGGAAUAUCUGGAGGAAGCUGGGUAUAAAAAAUGGGCUAGGUGUCACUCACCAGUAAAUAGAGGUAGAACGAUGACUUCAAAUAUAGCCGAAUGUAUUAAUGAUUGUUUGAUUGAAGCUAGAAAACUUCCUAUUCUAGGUUUCCUAGAAGAAGUUAGAAUCUUAUUUGCUGCAUGGAAUUGUAAGAACAACAAAAUUGCAUCGUACACAAAUACAACUCUUGGCAGAAGAUUUAAAGAAACUCUAACUCAUAAUGGUGUUAAAGCUUUGCGGAUGAUGGUUAAACCAACAGAAAGUUAUCUUUAUUGUGUUUAUGAUUCGGGACGGAGGCCACAAACCAUAGUGAAGACAUAUGAACUCCCGAUAGUUCCAAUGCCAGACAAGAAGGAUUGGAAUGUUCCAUGUUUUGUUGAUGAUGAAGAAGUUUUGCCGCCCAAAUAUCGAAGACCUCCUGGAAGGCCAAAAAAGGAAGGCAUCUGA